GUCACGGAGCAAGGACACGGAGAUGCUGGGCUCUCCUUUCACUACCAUCUCUGUUCCGUCCCACACAAAACCCCGCUGAUCUAAAUGGGGAGGCCUUAGUGACAUCCUGCUCCCUGCAUGUGUUACUGAGGCUGCGGAAGGCUUUGUCAUUGUCACCCAACCCAGGCUGAGGACGGGUAAUAUCCUCCUGUUUGCCAUUCUGAAAUCAUGCCGCGGCCGCUCAGCAUCUCUGAGAGCAUGGAGAGGGCCUGCACUGAGCAGCAGAGCCUGGAAGAGGAUGAUGAUGAUGACAAUGACAACGAGGAGUUCGGUUACACCUGUCCCUUGGCACAUCCUCCACCCCCAUGUAUGAGUUUGGGUGAUGGUGAUGAGCUGGGAGAUGCUGAGUUCUCAUUUAAGCCCGGGCAUCAUUGCACAGUGAAAGACGAUGGAGAGAAAAACAAAAUAUAUGCCAAAAGGUUGGCCAGGCACGCGCUGGAGCUCAAAGAGAAUGCUCAGGAGUUCGAGGAACCAUUUUACAAAGACACGGAGAUGUCCGGCAGCCAGUACGAGGAAGAGGACAGCAGCAGGAGCAGGACCUACCACCUCCCUGUGCACCAAAGGAAACACACGUCUCGAGCUGCCAACAUGUCACCGUGCGGUUCCUAUGACACCUACCAGCAUGGCACAGGCAAACACACGGGGAAAGAUGCAUUUUCCCUAUGGGCCCAAUCCAGCGACACAUACCUCUCCAGCAUGGAGCACACCAGUGGAGCAGAGCCCCACAGGUGGCACGAGGAGUCUGUUGGGGACCGGGAGGUCUCCUCGCUGCGUGUAUCCUACAGGGAGCUGUGGGAGGAGAACAACAAGCUGCACAGGAUGGUGCGGAGCAUGCAGGGCUCUCUGGAGAGCCAGGCACACAGCAUGAGGAGUCUGGAGCGUCGGCUGAAGGCCAGUCUGGCCAAGGAGGAGAGGAGGGCCCAGGGGCUGCAGACCCUCAACCAGCAGACGGAGCGCAGCCUCCAGCUCAUGACCCAGAGGGCUAUGGAGGCAGAAAACCAUGUGGAGAAGCUGAAGCAGGAGAUGCUGCUUCUCCAGGGGGAGCUGGAGUCCUCCAAGGUGAAGAAUGAAAACCUGAAAGCGGGGCAGAGCGUGGACUCGGAGGUGGUGAAGCACAAUGUGGAUUUUGCCUUGAAGAACCUCCAGAAGAUAAUAGCUGGUGCAAACUGGUCCAUUAAGCAGCUGGUGGCUGGGACGGAGUCGCUGAAUUUUGUCACUGAAAUCCUUAAAUCCACAGGCAAAAUUUCUGAUGCUAAAGCAGAGGAAGGCCAAUGAAUCAAAUGCUGUGGAUGCGUUCAGUCAUAGCCUAUAUAAAAUCUUUUGCUCUCACAUGUUA